AUGGAUACCUUGGCUCCGGAACUUCUGCUGGCAAUGACCGGGAUAGGCGCAUUUUUCCGCAUGGAGAAGAAGAAGGGCUAUGAGCUUUAUUUAGCCUCCAAAAAAAUUGUCACACAUCACCUCGAACAGCGUAGUCGAAUGCCCAUCGUAGGCCUUGCGAUGGGCUCCGCCAGUCGCCUACAACCGGGCAUUCAUGCACUGAAUUCCAUCAAUAUUGAGCACGGGACAGAGAAUGACGGGUCCUUUUUUGCCUUGGACAAAUGUCUGUCUUCCCGCACACUGCAGAUACUGCAAACACUCAUAAUUUUAAUGGCAAUGGCAACCUGGGCAGAUGUUCCAGCUGUCCAUGAUGCCUUGGCUAUGGGAAGCCAGCUUGCGAUGCUCACCCGGGAAUUGGGGCUGUCUCAACCGGACGAAAUUAUCGGACGGUGCUCUUGGGUGGAUUGGAUCCAUCGAGAGCAACGUCGACGAACCCUUUUCGUGUCCUAUAUCUUCUUAAAUCUUACCAGCAUCACUUUCGAUGUACCUCCUCUACUCGUCAAUAAUGAAAUUCGACUUUCGCUCCCCCACUGCAACACAGAAUGGGUAAAACUCUCGGCAGCCGAGUGGCAGCACACCAGAGAAACAUGCGGCCACACUGAGCGCCAUUUUCAGUCAAUUCUUUCAGAAACGAUGGCUGGGCGGGACGUUUCACCAUGA